CUAAAACCCUACUAAAUCAAUCAAACUCUCCCAGACUUAAAAAACCCGCCCUCAGUCUCUGUCUCUUCUUCCGUCUAACGAUGCUUUCUCGCUUACUCCCAAAAUCCUCCCAUUUCCGUAUCCUAUCCAAUCUUUCUUCCAAAUCCCAUACGUAUUCCUUCUCUCCUCACAAAUCCAAUUUCACGCUCCUUAUCAGACCCUUUUCCACCAAUCACAGUAAUGGCAACAACAACAACAACAACAAUAACAGCAAAGGCCAACCCACCUCCGACAUCUGGAAGCUUUCUCGAGAAAGUGAUGAAAAAUUCGAUUCAUUAUUCACCGAAGAUUCCAAUGACAGCCUUUCUGGAAUUACGGAUUCUCCGGCUGCUGAGGAAGAGUCAUGGUUAGAGGAGAAAAGGGGAGAUGAUGGUGGAGAUAUAUUUAACAGAAUUGAGAAGGAUUCUGGGGCGAGGAAUGGCGGUGAUGCUGGCAAUGAGUGGCUCACGUCGGAGGGGUACAAGAUGUGGAGCUUGGAUGAGGGGGAGGAGGAGAAAGAUAAUGUGUUUGACAUUGGAGAGAUUGCACAGGAUGCUAGCGAAACUAGCACCGAGACUAGUGUGAAUCUGGAGAUUGACCAGAUUGAGGAUCCGAAAGAGCUCGAGAGAGAGGAAGAGGAGCUCACUGCCAUACUUAAGGGUCCAAAUCGCGCAUUCGGUGACCUAAUUGCAGCAUCUGGAAUCACUGAUGCAAUGUUGGACAGUUUGAUUGCAUUAAAGGAUUUUGAAGGGGUUGAGGGAUUGCCUCCUCUAAGUGAAAUAGAGGACAUGCGUUAUGAAAAGACCACAAGAAAAUCCAUGAGAUCUGAAAUAGAGCGUCGAAAACAGGAAGAAGUUGCCAAAGCUAGAGUGAGACAAGUAGAUGACAAAGGAAGAGCUUAUGGAACAGGACGAAGGAAAUGUAGUGUGGCCCGUGUUUGGAUUCAACCUGGUGAUGGAAAAUUCUUAGUUAAUGAUAAACAAUUUGAUGUAUAUUUCCCAAUGCUUGAUCAUCGUGCUACCCUGUUGCGACCCUUUACUGAAACAAAGACCUUGGGUCUUUGGGAUGUCAAUUGUACUGUGAAAGGAGGUGGUGUUUCUGGUCAAAUUGGAGCUAUACAGCUGGGGAUCAGCCGUGCCUUGCAAAGUUGGGAACCUGAUUUACGUCCACCUCUAAGAAGUGCUGGUUUCUUGACAAGGGACCCACGUGUGGUUGAAAGGAAGAAACCAGGAAAAGCAAAAGCAAGAAAGAGCUUUCAAUGGGUCAAACGUUGAUCAAUGGUUACAAGCUUGCAGUUUGUACAACCACUUUUUGUUUGGAAACCUGGUAUUCACAUCAUUAGCCGGUAGCUUGGAGGCUUGUUAGCUGGCCUGAAAUUUCUUUUAUAAUGCAACUUGUAGUUCGUAGUUACACCAUGAUUCUCGGAAGAGCCUGUGAAGAUUUUGUUUACCUAGAGAGCUUAUUCAACCUCUGCUCAUUUUUCCUUCUCUUUUUUGGUUACCUUUUAACGUGUCUUGGGCAAAUAAAAGAAAAGCUUAAAAAUUUUCAAAAAUGUAGCAGGUUGCUAUGAUUUGUUGUCCAUUCGAAUUCAAAUUCUGGAGUAUAAGAAACAAAUUUGAGUUUA